CUUUGUAACACGACUGUCGCAUAUUCACCGCUCGAAGUUUGGGAGAACGUUACUCCGGCUCCUUCCCCGGAUGGCGAUACGCUAGUGAGCGGGUCGAUGUUCAUCCCCGCAUCAUGUCCGAUGCACCCUCGGGGCUUCAUUCGGCAAGUAUAAACUUCGCAAUGCUGUCAUUUCGCGAUGUAGUCUUUCACUGCGACUGCAUCAUUGAUCAUCGCUGUAGGGAGUAGCAUCGACGCAUUCACCGCAUAUAAUCGCUUCUCAUCUCAUCUUCACCGUUUACACGUUCGCACAUUAGUGCGCCAAAGUCCCAGAAUCCCAUAACGAAUUCCAAUAGUACAUUGACGCGAUGCCAAAAACAGAUGUUCUCAUAUCCGGUUCCGGUUCAGCUGGUAUCUUCGCAGCGACUUGGCUGGCAAUCUACAACAUACCAUUCACGAUCCUUGAACGACGUCCUGGUCCACUAAAGAUUGGCCAAGCCGAUGGCGUGCAAGUGCGCACAGUAGAGAUCUACGAGUCAUUUGGUUUAUCGGAAGAUCUGUUGCGAGAAGCGUAUCAUAUUUUGGAGGUAUGCUUCUGGGGCGUGGACGAAGAUGGCAGUGGAAAUGAGCAUGGCGGCAUCAAGAGGAAGAGCAGAUCCAUCGAUACGGAGAAGGGCUUGAGUCAUUUACCGCAUGUGAUUUUGAACCAAGCGCGUAUGAACGGCCUGAUGUUGGAAAAGAUGGAGACCAUCUUGAAAGAGAAGGGAAAGUGGAAAGAAGGUACGAGCAACGGGAUCGAGUACGGCUGGGCCGUCAAGAGCGUGGACAUAGAUGAGAAGAGGAAGAACGACGCAAACGCGCACUGCGUCAAGGUAACCGCUGAGAAAGAUGGCAAAGAGGAAGUCUGGGAAGCGAAAUACGUCUUAGGCUGCGAUGGCGCGCAUUCCACCAUUCGGAAAGCCCUCGACAUUCGCAUGCUCGGCGACUCUUCCGAUACCGUCUGGGGCGUCAUGGACAUUUACCCACUUACAACCUUCCCCGACAUCCGCCGCAAAUGCACCAUACACAGUACCGCCGGCAAUCUCAUCAUUAUUCCACGCGAAGGCGGUCAGCUGGUCCGAUUCUACAUCCAACUUCCAGCUGGUGUGCAGCCCAAGUCAGUGAAGCUAGCCGAUUUGCAAGACCAGACUCGCAGAAUCUUUGCGCCGUAUACCAUGGACUUUGCAGAUGUCUUUUGGUGGAGUGCAUACAGUAUCGGUCAACGCCUCGCUGAAGUGUUUCAUGCGCAUAAUCGUGUGUUCUUGACGGGCGAUGCGUGUCAUACGCAUUCACCCAAAGCAGGUCAGGGGAUGAACGUGUCGCUUCAAGACGGCUACAAUAUCGGCUGGAAGCUUGGCUCCGUUCUUUCUGGUCUCUCACCUCCUUCCCUGCUAUCUACAUACGUCUCCGAACGCAGUAAGACGGCAGCAGACCUUAUCGCUUUCGACAAAGAGCUUGCGAAGAUGAUUAGCAGGAAAGAUCGGUAUGAAGGCGAGUUUGCGAACUACUUUCGGAAGAGUGGAAGAUAUAUGGCGGGGUUCACAGCGAGGUACGAGGACACUGCUAUUACGAGGGGGAUGGACAGAGAGGAAAGUGCGGCUACGGCGGUCACGGUGGGGAUGCGCUUUCCAAGUGCGCAGGUGAUACGGUUUUGCGACUGUAAAGCUGUGCAAUUGAUGAGUGUUCUGAGGAGCGAUGGUAGGUGGCGCGUCGUGGUGUUUGGUGGAGAUAUCAAUCAAGCGCAGCAUCACAAGCGGCUGGACAAGCUAGCAAAAGCGCUUGAAUCUAUCGCAAGCCGAUAUACCCCGGCAGGGCAACACAUCGACAACGUCAUCGAGACGCUCCUCGUGUUGAACAGCAAGUUCACAGAAACCGAACAAGAAAGCAUACCCGACUACUUCUGGCCAAAAAGUGGGAAGUGGGAUAUACGCGAUCUUCACAAAACGUUCGUCGACGACGACCAUUACAACUCCGGUCAUGGUCACGCGUACGAAAAAUAUGGUGUGAAACCCGAUGUUGGCGCCGUCAUCAUUGUGAGACCUGAUCAAUAUGUAUCCAAAGUGACGACCCUGAACGACUAUGAUGGCAUCGCAGAGUUCUUUGCAGACUGUCUGAUCGAAUCGGCGUUCACAUCGAUUGCGGGCGUAGAUGCAAAGUUGUGAUUCAUUUUGAUGGCUAUCAACUCCGCCGGCAUCGGCGGCGGAGCUAGAAUGUUUGGAAGAGGGCGAGACUAGCGAGUAUAAAUACCUCACAUCUGUCCAAACUCACCUUCCAUAUCCUUACCUUGCGUUUUUCCAAAAUCUGGUAUUCCACCAUAUAUUUAUGGGCUUCCUGGUCUUUUCCAAAAUCCGUUUCUUCGAGAUCUAUGGAGCAGUGGUCGGUUUUGCUCGGAAUGAGCUCCUUCCACACACAUGUUUCUCAGCAGUCACCUUUUCUUCCAAGAUGUCAAGAUCGAUGCCUCUUGCUGUUCGAGAACUGCUGUACUUUUUGUCGAAAGCCAUUCAUGGAGGACGGCUUCGCCCAACGUUUCACUGUUUCCAAAGAAUCGCCAGUGGCGCUUGAUGGUGCUCGUGGUCAGAAAUCCAUGUGUUUCGUAUUCUGCACUUUUGGAGGUUUCCGAAGCCACGUCCCG